AGGUCGUAUCCUACAUCAAAGAACUGAAACAGAAAGACCCCGGAAUAUUCGCCUGGGAAAUCCGGGACCGCCUUUUGUCGGACGGCGUCUGCGACAAAUACAACGUCCCCUCCGUCAGCUCCAUCAGCAGGAUACUGCGUAACAAAAUCGGCACCCUAGUUCAUUCCCAGCCGCACUCGCACCCUCUCUACAACGCCAUUUAUCCCUCGUACCCCUAUCCCCAACAGAAACUAUCCCCCUCCUCCCCGCAAAGGCACAGCUCUACCCACUGUUGGCCGAGCUCUCAUUCGGUGACGGACAUUUUGGCGGGGGUUCACGCGGCCGCGUUUCGCGGACCCCACGGAAACCCUCCGCCGCCGGGGCCUUCACCCCCCGGAGUGGACUGUGCCACCCAGAACUAUAACUACUAUAUGUAUUUUCAGUCGGGGAACAGCGCGGCGGCGAUGCAUAUGGUGAACGGGGGGAUGGGGGCACAUCACCUUAGCGGAUCGCAUAUCUGAGGAGAACAUGGUUGUUGGUAGCUGAUCUGAUUUAAAGAGGAAGAUAUUUUGCACAAGUGUCAGAGUUUUUUAAACAAAUUUCUUGAAGAGAUAUCGAAAUUGUUAAGCAAUAAUAUUGUUAUUGAAUAUUAAAUUGGUGGAUGUGGCCGGUACUAUGUGGUAGGAUAUCAUCAUGAAAAAUGAGAAUU